AUGCGUUUUUAUCCACGGGCUGUUGAGGGACGGAAGAGCAUUAGGGAUCCUACCGUUCACAAGUCUCGCCUUACCGUGUUAAAAACGAUUGGUGUGACGGCAUUGCUCUUGAAUCUCUUAUUCUUGGCUUUGUUUUCUUAUAUUUUUGGUGCAAUUUAUAAGGAGACCAGCCAUGUCCACAAUCUCAACGUAGUAUUUGUUGAUUACGAUCACAGCCUCAUUGGAAAUUCAUUUCGCCAAGCGUACCUUCAGCAACUGCAAGGCGAUAGUUUCCCAAGUAUCAUCGAACAAUCAAUCUUGGAGUACCCAGAACCUGCUCUCCUGGAAAGCGCAGUAUGCCGGAUCGACUAUUGGGCAGCGCUUUAUGUUUCCCCUAAUGCGACAGCACGUUUGGCUUCUGCGCUACAGGGAGCUUCUGCUGCUUUAUCAUAUAACCGCAGUGAUAUUGUCACAAUGAUUUGGAAUGAAGCGCGGUAUUCUGCUGUUGUCGAUCUCAUACCCACUGCUCUUGGAACUCUCUCCGAAGCCGCUCGGAUUAUGUAUUCCGGGCUAAAUGGCACCGGAGCUAUCCAGACUAUGGACACCACCAAUCCGGCCGCCGUCGCAGCCUUUACGAACCCUUGGGACCUUGUAUCAAUCAAUAUUCAACCGACUACCCAAGGUUCUCGGUUGAUCUACAACACUGUUCUCAUAAUCAUGAUUCUCCUUCAACAAUUUUUCUUCCUCGCAACGAUGAACGGUGUGGCGUCCCAGUCCCUGCUGUUUACGUAUGUGCACCCGAGAGUGAUAAUCCUAACGCGAUGUUUAAUCUCUGUCACGUAUACACUUGGAGGCUCUCUCUGUGCUUCAGGCGCCGUCUGGGCAUUUCGGGGAGACUGGGGCGUAAAUGGAAACCAGUGGGCGCUUACCUGGUUGUCCCUAUGGCUCUUUGCCCAUGUAAAUCUCAUAACAUUCGACGUCUUUACGGCAUGGGUACCGGCUCCUUAUCUUCCCAUGGCUUUGGUGACCUGGGUAAUUCUCAACGUGACCUCCAUCCUAUUACCCUUUGAACUCACUCCGGCCUUCUACAAAUGGAGUUACAUGAUGCCCGCUCAUGCGGUGUAUCAAUUACUGAUAGAUAUCUGGUCGAGCGGCUGCAACCCGCUGGUAGCCUAUGCAUUACCUCUCCUUUUUGGAUUCGAAAUUUCCAGCAAUGUUUUAUGUUCCAUUGGAGUAUAUCGACGCUGCCACUAUGCCGCAAUUGCGAACGAGCAAUUAGAGAGCAGCUUUAAAAAGAAACUUGAUGAUGAACUAGCAAAAUAUAUGGAAAAACGUGAGACAAAGACUAUGAAACUGACAAACGACGAUAGUCAAGUGGGAGAAGCAAGUGAGGCAGCUAGGGAUCGCAGAAGAAGUCCCGAUGUGGUCGAAGAAGAGGAUCAUGAAGGACCAGCCGAAAGUAUUAUGAGAUCGAUAUCGUCUUUACGUCGAGAACCAAACUUGAGCACAAGGAGUAAUUCUUUACGCCCGGCCUUCGAGAUACCUUUCGUAGAGGACGUGUAG